GUGCAGGUGAGGCGCGUCCAGAUUGAGCCAGCCAAAGGCUCCACUUCCCCUUCUCUUCCGCCACUGGCAACUCCCCACCCCCCACCCGCAACUCCAGCACUUGGGCCCCCUACUGCUCCUCCCUCAGCACCUCCCCGACCCGCCCACGGUCUCCCACUCGGCUUGGGACUGCGUCAUUAAGUAUCACCAGACCUGGGCUUGCAGCCGCUUUAGGCAAACUGGGGAGAAAGUAAGUGCUGCUUAGUCUAGCGCGAUCUCCUUGUUUUCCAAUCUGCAGCCCAGGACGCUUAUUCGAGCGGCGCCUUACCGCGCAGCCCGAAGAUUCACCAUGGUGAAAAUCGCCUUCAAUACCCCGACUGCGGUGCAAAAGGAGGAGGCGCGGCAAGACGUGGAGGCCCUCGUGAGCCGUACCGUCCGAGCUCAGAUCCUGACCGGCAAGGAGCUCCGAGUUGCGACUCAGGAAAAAGAUGGCUCCUCUGGGAGAUGCAUGCUUACUCUCUUAGGCCUUUCAUUCAUCUUGGCAGGACUUAUUGUUGGCGGAGCCUGCAUUUACAAGUACUUCAUGCCCAAGAGCACUAUCUACCGUGGAGAGAUGUGUUUCUUUGAUUCUGAGGAUCCUGCUAAUUCCCUUCAUGGAGGAGAGCCUUACUUCCUGCCUGUGACGGAGGAGGCUGACAUUCGUGAGGAUGACAACAUUGCAAUCAUUGAUGUUCCUGUCCCCAGUUUCUCUGAUAGUGAUCCUGCAGCAAUUAUUCAUGACUUUGAAAAGGGCAUGACUGCUUACCUGGACUUGCUGCUGGGAAACUGCUAUCUGAUGCCCCUCAAUACCUCCAUUGUUAUGCCUCCAAAGAAUCUGGUGGAGCUCUUUGGCAGACUGGCAAGUGGAAAAUACCUGCCCCACACUUACGUGGUUCGGGAAGACCUGGUUGCUGUGGAGGAAAUACGUGAUGUUAGUAACCUUGGCAUUUUUAUUUACCAACUUUGCAACAACAGAAAGUCCUUCCGCCUUCGUCGCAGAGACCUCCUGCUGGGUUUCAACAAACGUGCCAUUGAUAAAUGCUGGAAGAUUAGACACUUCCCCAACGAAUUUAUUGUUGAAACCAAGAUCUGUCAAGAGUGAGAGGCAACAGAUAAAGAGUAUCCAUAGUAAUAAGAAGUCAGAGAUUUACGAUAUGGCUUCAACAUUAAGGUUUAUGGGAUACUCAAGAUAUUUACUUAUGCAUUAACUCUAUUGCUUAUACUUUAAAAAAAAGGAAAAAAAAAACUACUAACCACUGCAAGCUCUUAUCAAAUUUUAGUUUGAUUGACAUUGCUUGUUGUUUGAAGCUAAAAUUAAAUAAUUCUUAUUUUUUCUUUCGAAUUUAUAGGGUUUAGAUUUCUGAAAGCAGCAUGAAUGUGUCAGCUAACAUCCUGACAAUAAGUUCCAUCCUUUGUGUUUUUAAAAGUAAGCUCUUCACUCAACAAUAUGAUAGAGCAUUUUUUAAAUUUGAAAUAUUUAAAAUUGUUUUUGAACUUUUUGUAUAAAGCAUGUCAACUCUCUUAAUAUUUUUUUUGUUUUUCAUUUUGUGCAACUUUCCUGAAUUUAGAAAUUACAUUUUUACAUUUCUGUUAGGUGCUCUGUAAUUAAUCUGAUUUAUAUGUGAACAAUUUUCAUGAGAAAGUCAUUUUUCACUAAUGCAGUGAUUCUUUCUCACUGAUAUCUGUAUUGUGAAAUCCACAAAACUGUAUAGGUGCUGAAUGCUGUAAGGAGUUUAGGUUGUAUGAAUUCUACAACCCUAUAAUAAAUUUUACUAUAU